ACAUCGAUGACCGCCUACUCGCACCUCAAAUUCAGGGAACCGGACUUGAAAUCCGCCUAUAUAUACACAAUGAUAAUCACGUCGAACUCGCAAUCCAUCCCAUCAAAAGAAUUGCUUUCAACAACCAAAUCAUGGCUAGAACAAGGAUGUCUUCCCUCUGGUCCAUCUUGUUGCUCCUAGCCCUGUCUGCUGCACUGUGCACACGCAGCGCCGCAGCCACCAACGACGACGACGGGAGCUACGGCACGGACCUAGACGCCGGCCGCCGCGCGCGCUCCGCGGCCACGGUCGCCGAGAUCCUGUCGGUGCACAACGAGGCGCGGCGGGAGGUCGGCGUGCCGCCGCUGGUCUGGAGCCCGCAGAUCGCCGGGUACGCCAAGGGCUUCGCGCAGUCGCGGCGCGGCGACUGCGCGCCCCGGCGGUCGCCGCUGUUCUACUUCGGCGAGAACGUCGUCGUUGGGAAGGGCCGGCACUGGAACGCGACGGCGCUGGCGGCGCCGUGGGUGGCGGAGGGGCAGUGGUACGACUACGGGAGCAACUCGUGCGCCGCACCACCGGGCGCCGGGUGCCUGCGGUACACGCAGGUGGUGUGGCGCAACACCACGCAGGUCGGGUGCGCCAGGAUCGUGUGCGGCUCCAACGACACCCUCCUCGUCUGCGACUACUUCCCGCCGGGCAACUACGGCACCGGCAGGCCCUACUGAUCGUCGCCGGCCAGCUGAUCAUGUUGCUCGGUCCGUGCAAAAUAUAGUUGGUUUCCAUGCAUAUGGUCGAGUCAUCGAGUUAUGUUUUACUGUGGAUUAUUGUGUGUCUAUUCGUUGUGUGUUGUGAUUCUUAAGCAUCACCGAGACACCAACGUCCCAUGGACGUACGGUAUGCUGAAAUAAAACUGAGAUUCCAUUGAUUU